UACAAUCCACAUCUUGAAACCAAGGAUAAACGGGCCUACCCCCAAAUUGCUUUCUUCACAGGGCAAAUCCCCAUUACAAAAAGGAAAAGAAGAAGGAAAGUAAGAGAAGCAAAGCACAAAAGAGAUAAAGCUCAUUUGCAAAUCAAUACAACAAGAUGUGGAGGACGUGAAGGUGAUGAUGAUCGGUAGCGUAGAAAAUUCCGCAAAUGAAUCCAUUCCUCAAUACCCCAUCACCACCGCCACUUGCCCAACCUGGAAAUUGUACGAGAAUCCAUUUUAUAAUUCUCACCAUACUAAUCAUCAUCAGCAUCCACACCACAGGCAUUGCCAAAGUAACAAGCAUUUUCACCCUCUCUCUGCUCGUAAGAUCGCUCCUUCCUUCUGGGAUCUGACCUUCUUCAGGCCUAUCAUGGAGACUGAACUAGAAAUUGCUGGAGCCCAGAUCAUUGAAUUGAAAGCUGAGCUCGAAUAUGAAAGAAAGGCACGAAGGAAAGGGGAGACUAUGAACAAAAUAUUGGCUAAAGAACUAGCUGAGGAGAGAAAGGGAAGAGAGGCUCUUGAGAGAGUUUGUGAAGAACUUGCUAGAGAAAUUUCAUCGGAUAAAGUAGAGAUUGAUCGCAUAAAAAGAGAAAUUGAGGAGGAAAGAAAGAUGCUAAGAGUGGCUGAGGUGUUAAGAGAAGAAAGGGUUCAAAUGAAGCUCGCCGAGGCAAAGAUUCUCUUUGAAGAAAAACUAUUAGAAUUGGAGGGAAGUAAAAUGUCAGAACCUGAUGAGAAUCCAACUUUGAAGAUGGAACAAGAAGAUAAGAAUCAAGAAGAUCAGGCAACUGCAAAUAAUUUAUCUGGAAAGUUUAGCAGACUGAUACUGGGGGAGCGGUCCUGUGAUGAUAAUAAUGGAGCAGAUUCAAGAGAAUCAACAAGAGCAGUUCUAAGUGAAAAAUCAUCGUGUAAUGAUAAUCAUAGCAGUGUUUCAUCUGUGACAGUUGAGAAUCCUCAUAUAAAGAGAGGGAUCAAAGGGUUCGUGGAAUUCCCUCGAGUGGUUCGAGCAAUCGGAUCCAAAAGUAGGCACUGGGGAACAAAGCUGGAGUGUCAAAAAGCUCAGCUAAGGAUUCUGCUGAGACAAAAGAACCCCAUCAGAUCCAAUAAUGUUAUUAUCAGUUGAAAGUAAUCAUUUUCUUCUUCUUCACUUCUUUCUGUGCUUGAUUCAUUUAGUUUUGCUUUUCUUUAUAAUGCAUUCUCGUUUUCAUCUUGAUUUACUUCCUUAAAAGGGUUAGUAGCCAGUACCUGGUUUUUGUUUUGUUGUGUUUUGGAAGAUUGCACGGACUAUGUAAGCACUUUUGGGAUUGCAAUUUGCAAAUAGCAAUAAAAAUGUACAUGAGCUUGUGUUGAUGGGUUUUGAGUCCUAGAAGAACUCAAGUC